GUUCGUGGGCCAAACCACACACUAUCGUUUGAAAGGAUGCCGCCUAUUAACCAAGCUGCUGCUAUCGCCUCAGUUGGCAUCAUUGCUGUAUCGGUAGCCGCCGUAGCCGCAAUAGCCAUCUACGAGUCUCCCGAGGUGCGACGCCGAGUCAACGACCUCCGCCAACGUAUCGCCCUUGCCUUCCAAGGCUGGGAUGACGAGUUUGACGAUUCCCGACCCCGCAACCCCAACACCCCCCGCUUCAAUCGUCCCGAAGAUGCACACGGAUUCUACCAGUCUCGUGCCGAUGUUGGCGUUGACGCCGAUGAGGAGACCAAGCGAAGGCAACGGGAGGAACUCAUGUACUGGAACGCCAAGCGUGCAGAGAUGAUGGGGGAAUCCGGCCGCGAAUUUGCUGCUACUACUACUACACACCGACCAACAUCCUCUACUACUCGCGGCUCGAGCUUUGACGAUUUCCUUAGUGAGGACACGGCAGCCGGGCCUGGGACAUUUGUUUACAACACGGGCACCGAUGUCAGGGGUACUGAGAAUGAUGCGCUUAGGCGCCGUGGAGCAGGCCGUUCUGCCGCCCCCGGUGUCCGUGGAUUGACUGCCGCCAUGAUUCUGGAUCCCUUCAGUGACGAGUUUGGUAUCGAGCUAGACGAACGUAUCAACAUGGUCGACGAGGAAACCCGCUUGAUGGCUCUUAGCCAAGACGAGAUGGUAUCGAAUAGGUCAGACAUCUAUAACGCCACUCCGACAGGUCUUCAAUCGCCCGUUUCCCGUACCCUUUCGCCGGAGCCCAGAGUCUCAGUCACUGCUCCACCUAAUGAGGUUUUGUUCGAUUUCGAGACAAGUUCACAGUCAGCAGCCGUCACUGCGUCGGAAGACAACCACGAGCGGUCCGGAGCCCCAACCCCUACCACGGUCCGCAGCACGACCGACACCCUCGAGCGCGACUUGGACGUGGAUGAGUACAUGACUGCUGGGCAGGAUGAUCGUUCUACGGCUUAUGCUUCUAUCCAGGAGUGGGCACAAGGCUCCUCCGGAAACCCCGGGUUUUACUCGCCAUUGCCCAUCACCCCGACCGAGCCCAUGUCUGAAGCCGAAAUGGUUAGCGCAGGGCAGCUCACGCCUGCGGACACCAUGUCCCUAGCGGACUCUGGAGAGCACAUUGAAAACCCCGACGCGGUCUCUUCCAGGGCUCAAGAUUUUGAUGACUUGAGCGACAGCGAUGAUGGUAUCGCCACUCCUGGCAGUUGGUCUGAUGUUGGCAGUGUCAUUAGCGAGACUGAUGAAAUUGCGCAUCAGCCACAACACGCUUAGAUCUAUCCGACUUCUGUAGCGUAUCAGACGUCACAAACCCUCUGCUAUUCGGAAGUUCACCAUUAGGAUCAUUAUCGGCAUCUGGGCUUGGCGUUAUACAGGUUAUGGGUCCUAUUUAUGUAUGGUGUCUGGGCAAUCCGUUGGACCGUUCUUUGAUUUUGGGUAAUGUUUGUUGGACGACAAUUAAGUGGAGAGGGUAUUUCAAAUAAGCCCUCACGAACAUCAAGAACCUGCAAACUUUGAAAGACGUAGUGCAAUAGUAUAAACAUUUUGUUGUAGCUCAACAUCACUUUGAUAGAUGCAAUACGCCGCAUUUAA